AUUAAGUCAACAACAAAAAAGAUUCAACUUGGAAAUGACCUAAGUUAGGGUCAAAACUAGUCCUUGAACUAUUUCAAAGUUUUUAAAAAAUAAAGGGUACUACGAGAUUUCUAUAUUGGUUUUAUUAAUUUAUUAAAAAGUGGCCCAUUUUCUGUGAAGUGUUUUUAAGAAAAGAUUCAUAUGACUUAAAUCUUCUAUAUCAUAUCAGAAUAAUGAAGACACUUUGAAUAUUCCAAAUUAUUGAACUUGGAAUACUGCAUCUAUUCCUACAUCAGUGGUUUGGAACUCUGUGCACAUGAUCAAGUGACUGACGUUUGAUCGCCAUAUAUACAUUCAAACAUCAAAAUUAUAUGUGAUUGUUUUAGUUUGUGAUCAAACAUUAUAUAUAACUUCUUAAUAGUGUUCUUGUUAGUUGACCAAUAGCUGAGCUAGCUAUACUUUGACUAUCAUACAAAAUGAUCAGCUUCAACAAUACAAGAACUACUUCACAAUCCAAGAUCACCCAUUCGACGAGAUCAAAUGUCCAAGUGCAUCCCAAUUAUAAUUUCACCUAUAUCAACCGAUUGUUGAACGUUAUUUUGAAAACUGACUUUUUAAAAAUUUUCAAAUUUCAAGAAAUUGAGUGGUGGUUAUUGAAGCGCAAAGUUUUUUAGAUGAUGAGAUUGUGAAUAACAAUCGAACACAGCUAUCUUGAAGUUUCUUAGAUGAUGAAAUUGUAGAUAACAUUUGAACAGAGUGGUAGAGAGUCCGUGUUUGCAAGUGUCUCAUAAUUAUUGAUGAUUUCUCUGAAUGCCAAUGAUUUGCAUUCAGAGGAGUCUAUUUGAGAAUACAUAAUACAUAAUGAGUGAUAAUAGCUUGCAGAAACGCAGUAGUUUUAGAACAAGGUCGAAGGCUAGAUACAGACGAACUAGUCGCGAUUUGAGUGUCGGAGACGGAGGAACAGAGAUGGGGAAGCCGAAGACGGAUGGCGUGACAAAGGAGAGGAAGGGCAAAAGGGAGAGAUGGUUGCUGACAAGGAAAACAUGGCGGUACAUGGCGGAUGCCGGGAGGAAGUUGAUUCCCGACGGUGCACUGAACAGAGCCGACGAUGUGCCCAAGAUCGAGGCUUACUUCCAGGAGGUGUGUCACCGGGAGCCCAGGUUCCUGCUGUGGAGGAAGCAGUCGUACCCGGGUGCACUGGGGUUCCGGGCACGUGGGCGGAGUCGCGGGGGGCGCCGGAAGAAAGGAGGCAGUUGUCGCGACAAGACUAGCUCAGCUGACGAGGCGGAUGAUCUGAGACAACAACAAGAGAAAGAAGCAAAGACUUCCACUGAAGAUCCCUCCUUCAAAAAACUUGUCACCCGGCCCUCACUCCUCCAACUGAAACAAGAAUUCUUGUUUGGACGUAAAGAAUCUCCCCCAGAAACCACCUCACCCAAAGAUGCAUUAAUCGAAAAUGUUCUCUGUCAUUUCGAUGAUGGAACCUCAUCUAAAGCACUGGACCACCAAGAGCUCCUUGAUCGUCUCACUGCCCACCUAGCUAGUAUUGAGUUGAAAGAGUCUCAACAAUCUAGAUCGGACUCGUAUAGUGUUGAUACUACCCAAAAACAACUCAUAGAAACUAUGAGAAGGUAUUACAGUAAGUCCACCAACAGGGAUAAAGUGAUAAGUGAUAUAUUGACUGAUAGGAAGCUUCUUCACAAGAUGUAUUUUGAGCUGAGACGAGCUAGAGGGUUUUCUUUGGGUAGUAGUGGAUGGAAAUACUCAGAGUUUGACGAGGGUGAUGAGGAGAACGACGAGGCAUCCCCUUGGAGCAGUCCUCCCCAGAGCGACACUCCCCUCUCCGGGGACAUGGAUUACGGCACACAAACAGACCCCAUCACAGAGCAGAUGAUGGCCAGUAUAGAUGAGGAGGUGAGACGCCAAGAGGAGGCACAGAGGGUUGCCCAACAAAAGGAGGCUGCACAGAAGUCGGGUGGGGGGAGUGGUAGUGGAGGGAGGAGGAGUAGUCUCAACCAUGAUGAUGUCUCACAAUCUGUGAGUGACACCAUCAAGAGGUAUUUAAGGAUGGCUAGGAAGAAGAGUAUGGACUCUGAUAAAGCGGACAGGUUUAAAAGGAUUAAUUAUGAUCAAACCCUGAGGGACAUCAAGGCGAAACCAGAGGACCCAAUCAGUAAGGAUGAAGAUCAGGAUAAGGGUGUACAGACAGAUCUGUCCUGGGUGUCUGCGAUUAAAUCCUUGAAACUGGUCUAUGUAGAGGAGGAUGCACCUUCGGAGGUGUCUUCCCCACCACCAGCUACCAAAUCCCUGUUGUCAUCAGGUCAGAUGUUUCUGUCGAAUCUGCUUCACGGUCUGCAGCAUUCAUCAUCCUCUUGUUCUGUUGUCGCAGCUGCUGCCGGGUCCAUGCAGAAAUCCAAGUCAUCCUCAUCUGUCGUGCAGCAGGGCACGCGACUUGUGGCCCGCAAGGUGUGGAAAGGCCGCUCCAAGAGCCAAACGCGUGCCACGCCUGCCGCCACGUCUACAUGGACGCCGCAGGGCAACUGUGUGUGGACGAACGUGACAGGACGCAGCGUGACAGUGGAGGAUACGCCGCUGCUACAGCUGACGGACCUGGAGAGGAGAGUGCUGCAGAAAGUGGCGUUGGCAAAACUGCAGGCGCUCAAUCUGGGUGUCGCCAUCAGGACGCCAUCUGAGGCCGUUUCAUCAACGGUGCAGAAACCAAAGCGACGCGCGCAUCUUUUGAAGAGGAAAGCCAUCACCACUGGAUUCUUCGACACCAGUCGAAAAGACCAGGAGAAAAAAGGAGACAGCAGUGGCGGUCUUGUGUUCGGAAUCCCCCUAGGCCAGUGCGUAGAGAACGAGCGACUGACGCGACUGCGAUGCGGGUCGCACGAGGAGGCGGUUGUCACGCAGCUGCGACGCGAGUCGCAUCAUGGCAGUCGCACCAGCUUCACGUCGCUCAUCGAAACGCCCAGGUGUGCCGACGAGCGCGGCUCAUGUGAAAGUCUAAUCUCUCCGACGCUGAGCAUGCCGGGUCUACUGGACAGUCUGUCGGUCGGAUCAACACCUGAUCUGUCCGCCCCGGACGGGGGAGUUCCCAACAUAGUGGCCACGUGUCUGCGACACCUCGAGUCCAACGGACUACACACGCUCGGCCUAUUUAGGGUCAGCUCGUCAAAGAAACGCGUCAGACAGUUGAGAGAAGACUUUGACAGCGGCAAAGAGUCGACGCUGGAUGCCGAGUCAUGUCCGCACGACGUGGCAACACUGCUCAAGGAGUACUUCAGGGACCUACCUGACUCACUACUUUGCAAAGACUUGUAUCCCGCCUUCAUACAAACACAGAGGAUACGAAACCGGCGACUCCAACAGGAGGCCCUCCGGAACCUGAUCUAUCUCCUGCCAGUAGCCAAUAGGGACACACUUUGGGCUCUGCUUAAUUUGCUCUCAUUGGUCGCCAGCAACGCAGAGGAUCACCAAUCAGCUGAUGGCGAAUGGCGACUUGGCAACAAGAUGGACAGCAACAACUUGGCAACACUGUUCGCGCCGAAUAUCCUGCACAGCUGUAGUCAGCAGAAGUCGCUCAAGGACGAGAUGAGUGCUGAGAGGGUAGAGGAACGCGCAGACGCCAUCAAUGUGGUGCGAUCACUCAUCGACAACUGCAGGCAACUCUAUGUGGUGUCUGCUGAGAUGAUGGAUGAAGUGUACAACCAUAUGAUGGACAGCACACCAGAAGCCCUCGACACCCUUCUCAGGAGGAGGGACUUGCAGGCUGAUGAAGCUGCAGACGACCAAGAGCUGAGUAUGAUGUCAGAGGACCUGAGUGACAGACUGCAGACGCAGGCAGACUCUGACGUGAGCUGCGCAGAUGAGGUGCGCAGUGGCAGCGCAGGCAAGGAGCGACGCAUAUGGUCGCGUGGCGCCUUCACGCACGAGACGGCUGGUAUGGGGGGACCCGACUCCGAGGUUAAGCCUAGGUACAAGGGGAGAAGCAGAGAGCGAAUAUCAAAAAAGAGAAAAGAGGAUGGCGGGGGUCGAAGAUCGGACUACGACACAGGUUCAAAUACGCCGUCGCGACGCGCCAGUGGACAAGGCGUCGAGGAAUACGGCACAGAUCACAUCAAUUCUUCGCGGAGUUCAUUGGAAUCUGGCGCUAUCACAGCGGUGUUGAAGAUUCCGGUGCCUUCUUCAUCAGGCGGCACAAGCACCUCUUUUGCUGUCAACCUGGAUGAUUCAGACAUUCCCUACAUUGAGGACAACCAAGCCGAUCGCCAGCACAUAUCUCUCAGUAUGGUGCGAACAACAUCAUCCACAGCCAACCAACAGCGCACGCGCAGUCAGUCAGGCGGCUCGGACUCCUCACAGGCAUCCACCACGUACACCACACACCACCACCAAAUCCAUCACCACUACCAGGCCACCCCCACCAUGACACCACUCUACGCUGACUCAGCAAUCGGCUCCUCGUCCAGUCCACCUCCUCGCAACACACCUCCCUCAUCCUCCGGGGUCUACAGCUCUCCUCCCUCAUCGUGGGCCUCCUCCUCAACCCCUCCCACCUCACCCACCUCGCCUCCUCCCUCCUACUAUGAGGAGGAACCCACCACGGCACGUAUCAGCAUUCCAACUAAGAAGACAACCCACGACAAUGUGAGGACAAAUUACGACAAUAGUAGGAACCCGACAAGCUUUGACCAAUCUAGGAACCCGACAACCUAUGACCAAUCUAGGACACCGACAAGCUAUGACCACACAAAGACAACGACAGACACAGCCAGACAAGUGAUUCUGCAGCGGGUUACAGUGAAGUCUACAGGGGAACUACAACAUGUGAAAUCCAGCUACAUACAACCUGUGGGCCUCCAUCUACAGGCGACCCCACAAGUCUACGUGCAGCCCAGUACACCUUCCCCACAAGUGUACACAGGGAGCACACCUCAAAGCUACAGUCUACAGUCUUCUGGGUAUAGUCCCACUUCGUCACCACAGUAUAGUUUGACAUCAUCAAGCUCCAGUCCCCAACCGGCUCCAAGGCGUAGAAGCGGGGGCACCUUCCAGAGGUUACUGUCCAGUAGCAGCACAGGUAGUACCUCUAGUAACGUGUCGAAAAGUAUGAGCUCUUCUGCGAUUGGUGGAGGUGGUGUGGAACGGUUGAUACCGAUCCUAAAAGAAAGUGACCGCAAAAUAACCACCAGUAUCUCAAGUAUAGGUGGCGCGGUUAUGCGAUCUAAAACAGCUGACAUUGAGCGGAUGAUGAAGUCAUCCACCGUUGCUAAGCAACCGACGACAAGUGUCACCAAGAAAAGUGGUGUCGUUUUGGGAGUUGGUGUUGGUAGCACUGAUAAGGACGAUGAUAAGAGGAAGAGAAGGUACACGGAUGUGAGACAUCAGACCCGGCAUAUACCGGCUGAUUUGGGGGAAGGGGGUAGUGGAGGAGGAGGAGCUGGUGGUGGGGGAAGUAGUGAGCAGAAACGGACUGUGAUUUGGAAGAGGGGGCAGAUUAUAAGCAGUGAGCCAAAGGAGAGGAGAGGCUUCUUGUGAGGCAGGUUUUGAAAUUUGAAAGCUAGGAAACUUUUUGAAAAAAAAAUUGGAAUUGAAGGUAAAGAGAAGACGACUUCAUAAAUUUAUUUUGAUGGAUGACUAAGUGGGGGGGGGGGUGUGGAGGAGCAGGAACAGGAGGUUAAUGGAAAGGAGGAGAAGAAUGAAGAGAGAAAAUAAAUGAAUAAGAGAAGGUUUUGAAUUUUAAGCAAGGAGAGGACUUCAUGAAAAGUAUUUGGAUAGAUGAUUGAGGAGAAUAGGUUGUGGAACUGUAAGAGAAGGAAACAUAGAAGUAGAAGAAGAUGGAGAAAGGGAGGGAGACGAGAAAAAGAAGUAGAAAGAAAAGCAGGCCGUUGUGGAAGAAUAUAAUUAAUUAUAUUUUCACUUCUAAUUUCAGCUGUAGUUUUCUGUAAAGUCUGAAGUUUUUAGCUUAAAAACUUCUAGUUUCAUUCAAAAUUUAUACUUUUUGAAUUAUUACUAAGUUACUGUUCUAGAUUUUAAACUCUAUCAGUUUCUAUUUGAUUCAAAAUUUGCUCGUUCAUCUGAGUAUUGAAGAGCGUAAAUUGUAUUUUGAAAAGUGAAAGUGACAUAAUCAACAUUUUGAUUUGGACAGUAUAGUAUAAAUUGGAAAUGGGACAGUUUUGGGCAUGAGCCUGUUGUGCCUUUCCUCAUGUUAAGUAUGUGUACACAAUGUGAUAAAUAAAUAAUAAUAAUUCGAUGGAGGAAAAGAGAGAGAAAGAGAUUGAUUGAUUGAUGAUUUGCCUCUAUUAGGGCGGAGUUAGGACUCCUGGUCCUUUCUGCCACACAACCUUCAAGAGAGAGAGAGAGAGAGAGAGAGUGAGUGAGAGAGAGAGAGAGAAAGAGAGAGAGAGAGAGAGAAGGAAGGGAGACAGUUCUUGUGAGGAGGAUUUUGGAAUUAAUGAAGAAAAGAGACUUUUUGAAAAUUGUAAGUGAGGAGAACACUUCAUGAAAAGUAUAUUGAUAGAAGACUGAGGAGGGCAGGUGGUGGAGGAACUGGAAGAGGAGGUGAAGGAGAAAGAGGAUAAGGUGUGGAGGAAGAGUAGGGGGUCGAUGAGGGGAAGAUGAAGAAGGUGAUGAGGAGACUCUUGAGAUAAGGGUCUUCGAAUUUGUUAGAGAGAGACUUCUUGAAAAGUAUCUUAGAGAGAGUAUUUUAGUUGAAGGUUGAAUAGCCAGAGACUAUGAAAACUGUGUGAUAAUCAAGGAUAGACAAAUAAAAUG